AUGGCCAAAUCUCGGGCGGUUGUGGAGCUAACUGCCCGUUUCGAUCUCGGCGGCGACAAUAAGAUCCGAGCCCUGACUCUCUCCCCUCACUCCGAUUCCCAAACCCUAGUAUACGUCGGCACCUUCUCAGGGUCCCUUCUUCUCCUCUCCAUCGACACUUCAACUAAUAUCGUCUCGCGUCUAGGGAGUGUAUCGCUGAGCGCUUCUCCAGUUGAGUCUGUCUUUGUGCUCGGCCAGGAAAGGGGGAAAAUUCUAGCUCUCUGCAAUGGUUACUUGUUCUUGGUGGAUUCGCUUCUAUCUCAACCCGCCAAGAGAUUGGGUGGUUUAUUAAAAGGGAUCAAUGUGGUUGCUAGAAGAGUGAGAGGACGCGACUCGUCGAGUACUGACUUGUUCCCCGCCGAGAUUUCGGCUGAUUCUAGCUCGAGCAAGAAGUUUCUUCAGUUGCUUGGCGCUGGGAAUCGGGUGAGCGACGUCAGAGGUAAGGAUUCUCGGCAUGAGGGAGUCGAUCAAGGUCAUUAUGUUUUCGCUGUUGCCAUUGGUGAGAGGAUGCUGCUGAUCGAACUUCAGUGUGAUGAAAAAGACGGGUCAGGUGCUUCCUUUGUUGUGUUGAAAGAGAUUCUGGGAAUUGGUGGGAUCAAAACUUUGGUUUGGCUCGAUGAUUAUGUUAUUGCGGGAACGGUGAAAGGGUAUAGCUUGAUCUCGUGCGUCACUGGUCAAAGUGGAGUGAUUUUCACGUUGCCUGAUGUCUCGGGUUCGCCGCUGCUCAAAUUGUUAUGUAAAGAGUGGAAGGUGUUGUUGCUGGUGGACAAUGUUGGAGUUGUUGUGGAUACAAAUGGUCAGCCUAUUGGAGGGAGUCUUGUGUUUCGGAGGAGGCCAGAUUCUGUUGGUGAAUUGUCUUUCUAUUUGGUGACUGUUGGAGAUGGGAAAAUGGAAAUACAUCAGAAGAAGUCGGGUGCUUGUGUGCAGUCGGUUAGUUUUGGUCCUGAAGGAAGCGGGCCUUCGUUUUUGGCUGCAGAUGAGGCAGGAGAUGGAAACCUUGUGGCUGUUACUACACUGUCAAAGCUUGUUUUUUACCGGAGAGUGCCUUAUGAAGAACAGAUUAAAGACCUCUUGAGGAAAAAGAGAUACAGAGAGUCCAUCUCUCUGGUGGAGGAGCUUGACUCAGAGGGGGAAAUUUCGAAAGAAAUGCUUUCUUUUCUUCAUGCUCAGAUAGGGUAUCUGCUACUGUUUGAUUUGCGCUUUGAGGAGGCAGUGAAUCAAUUUUUAAAGUCAGAGAGGAUGGAACCUUCUGAAGUUUUUCCUUUUAUCAUGCGGGAUCCUAACCGGUGGUCUUUGCAGGUUCCAAGAAACAGAUAUUGGGGACUGCAUCCUCCACCUGCUCCUUUUGAAGAUGUUGUAGAUAAUGGGUUGAAUGCCAUCCAGAGAGCCAUUUUUCUAAGAAAGGCGGGAAUGGACACUCCGGUUGACGAAGAGUUUUUCUCAAAUCCUCCCAGUAGAGCUGAGUUAUUAAACUCGGCAAUUAAAAACAUUACCAGGUACCUUGAGGUAUCACGUGAGAAGGACUUGACUCACCCAGUAAGAGAGGGAAUAGACACACUUCUAAUGCUUCUGUACAGAGCAUUAAACCGCGUUGAAGAUAUGGAGAAUCUUGCAUCUUCUGAUAAUAACUGUGUUGUGGAGGAGUUGGAGACUCUUUUGAAUGAAUCUGGACAUCUACGGACACUUGCAUUCCUAUAUGCAAGUAAGGGGAUGAGUGCAAAGGCUCUUGCUAUAUGGCGUCUCUUUACGAAGAAUUAUUCAUCUGGUCUAUGGCAAGACUCAGAUGACUUGGUGCCUUAUAUACACGACAACGAGCUCAUUAGGUUAUCUGGUAAAGAGGCUGCUGCCGCAGAAGCAGCCAGGAUUCUUGAGGAACCAUGUGAUCCAGAACUGGCAUUGCAGCAUCUUAGUUGGAUCUCAGAUAUAAACCCAUUGUUUGCUAUCCAAGUCUUGACGUCAGAGAAAAGGACAGAAGAGCUUUUACCAGAGCAAGUGAUCCAAGCUAUUGAUCCCAAAAAAGUUGAAAUCAUACAAAGAUACCUCCAAUGGUUGAUUGAAGAUAGAGACUACAAUGACCCGCAGCUGCAUACAUCCUAUGCUCUCUCACUUGCCAAAUCAGCACUUGAGUGUGUUGAGGUUCAAAAUGGUAACCAAGAAAUUGAUGCUGGAGGCAGAGAGGCACAUGAUUGUAAUGUUGGAAGUGUUUCAUUGUUUGAAAGUGACGUGCGGGAAAGGUUGCAGACCUUUUUGCAAUCUUCAGAUCUAUAUGAUCCUGAAGAAAUCUUGGAUUUGAUUGAAGGAUCAGAACUGUGGCUGGAAAAGGCUAUCCUAUACCGAAGGAUAGGGCAGGAGACAUUGGUCCUCCAAAUUCUUGCUCUGAAGCUUGAAGAUUGUGCAGCUGCAGAGCAAUAUUGUGUAGAAAUUGGACGACCAGAUGCAUUUAUGCAGUUGCUAGAUAUGUACCUGGAUCCUCAAAAUGGUAAAGAGCCAAUGUUCAAGGCUGCUGUUCGUCUUCUCCACAACCACGGGGAGUCUCUUGAUCCCUUGCAAGUUUUGGAAAAAUUGUCUCCUGACAUGCCCUUAAAACUGGCAUCAGAUACAAUUUUGAGAAUGCUAAGGGCUCGAGUUCAUCAUCAUCGCCAAGGCCAAAUCGUACACAACGUCUCUCGUGCAUUGGAUGUAGACUCAAGGCUGGCAAGGUUAGAAGAAAGAUCACGUCACGUGCAGAUAAAUGACGAGAGUCUCUGUGAUUCCUGCUAUGCCCGCCUAGGAACUAAGCUAUUUGCUAUGUACCCUGAUGAUACCAUUGUCUGUUACAAGUGUUACAGACGCCUGGGUGAAUCAAAGUCAGUAACGGGCCGUGACUUCAAGCGAGAUGUUCUGAUAAAACCCGGUUGGUUAGUGAACCGGUAG